CUGUCGUGUCCGUGAGUUGAAAGGUGACUACGGCUCACAGCAAUGCCCAAAAAGGUUGAAGAAAAUACAAAUAGUUAAUCUACAAACGAACUAUUCCAAGUCUGUUUGUCAACUGUUACUGUACAGCCCAGAAUGGUGUUAAGAGUGAGUAGCAGGAGGAGCGUGGUGUCGGGCUGGCUACUCCUGGUCUCCUGCUUUCUGCUGUCUGUUCGUUCACAUGAGCAGGCAGCCCACGAACACCCACCGGAGAGUCACCGUCCUAACAUGCACCUGGACAAGAACAUGGUCCAUGACAGAGAACACAUCAUGGAGCAUCUGGAAGGUGUGAUUGACAAGCCGGAGGCGGAUAUGUCGCCGCAGGAGCUGCAGUUGCACUACUUUAAGAUGCACGACUAUGAUGGCAACAACUUACUGGAUGGGCUGGAGUUGGCCACAGCCAUCACUCAUGUACACAAAGAGGAAAAAGGAGAGGAUAGCCAGCCUAUGAAAGAGGAGGACCUCACAAGCCUUAUAGAUGAUGUUCUGAGGGACAAUGACAAAAAUAACGACGGAUACAUAGACUACGCUGAGUUUGCCAGGUCCCUGGAGUAGAGGAGAGACGGUGCCUAACUACUGGGGUCUGGCUCCGUGCACUGCACACAACCACACCACUUUCUCCACCACACCACUUUAAUUUACCUGAGCCAGUGUGCAUGUCUCACGCUCUCUGUGGGGCUAUCACUAUCCUUCAUCCGUCCAGACAGCAUGUAUACCAGAGGUGGGCAAACUUCUUGGCUUGAGGGCCACAUUGGGAUUUUCGAAAUUCAACGGAGGGUCGCACAGAUUUGUUUUGACCGAUUUUUUUUGUUUGUCAAAACCUAUUUGCGGGUCAGAAAAAGGGCAGUAAUUUGAAACUAUUUAGGUCCGUUAUCAUUUCUACAUACUUUCUAUCUAGUUUUAGACGUUCAAGUGUGACCUGGAGUUUUUAACCCCCGUCCCCCAAAACAAAAAUAAAAGGGUUUUACUCAAAACUCCUGUGGGCUGGAUUGAAAGGUUUGCCCAGCCCUGAUAUAUACAGUAGAUUAUUCAAUUAUUACUGUAAUUAUUAAACUGCCAAAUUUGUCUGCUGUAUGGUAGCAACUAAACUAGUUCAGUCAUGUUAGAAUGAAAUUCUUGAGCAGGUAUUUACCUAAGCGCUGCUUUGCUGUAUAAAAUCUAGGAUUAUGGACCAAAGGUUUUGAUAUUUAUGCAUCCAAUCAAGUUAGGCCAUUAAUGACAACUGCCUGUGGUCCUUAACUUUAAGAGUGGCCUUUACUAUUACUGCACCAUUCUUGUACUAUUACUCAUAGUGGGAAUGUUACAGCUCGGAUGCAGUAUACUGUACCACAGAGUAUGUGGGAGUGUGGGAAUGUUACAGCCCGGAUGCAGUAUACUGUACCACAGAGUAUGUGGGAGUGUGGGAAUGUUACAGCCCGGAUGCAGUAUACUGUACCACAGAGUAUGUGGGAGUGUGGGAAUGGCAAAGCAGGUUUGGAGGAUUUGUCUGAUGCUCAGAAACAAGCCAUGAACAGGGCUGCUUUCAGUUGGAACAAAAUAGAAGACAGUGUUUAGAAACGGAGGCGGUAAUACCUGGGCUAGUCCUACAAGUAUGCUCAUUCUUGUUUUCAAAAACGCUUUCUCUCAUUUGUUCAUAUUGAAUGUGACUCGGGUAACAUAAAAGCCACACUUGGUACGGGUUUGGUUCUGGUCAAACAGUCAAUCACAAAUAAUUGUUCUGCUGAUCCACACAUACUUUACAUCCCUUACAUAGUCUGUUACCCACCUACCUGAAUGCACAAUUUCGCUUACAGCAGGGCUGAUACUUGAGAUGAACAGAAUUUGAAUGUAAUACAGAAGAGGUGCUGUGCAUUGUGAUUUCUUCAUCACUGGAUUCACUUUGACUUCUAGCCCAGUGAGACCUCUGGGUGACAGCAAUACUGAAGGGUUAACUUCAUUUUACAGAUGUGCUAUAAGUAGAAUGCAGGGUUAUGUUGCUAUAAAUGUUAGUGGCCUAUUGAAGUAAUGAUGUUACAUUAUGUGUAGUUACACCACACUUGAUUCUUUCCAAAUGAGCUCCAUCGCUGUCAAACAGUUACAGAUCAUUAGGUUACCAGGUCUUUAUGCUAUAAGGCCCAGGUCUAUAUUCAACCCAUUUAUAAUACUUCUAAAUUAAUACUGAAACUUUAUUUGUUACAAAAGAGUUCUAAUUUCGUCAUUCAGUGACGGUUGUUGAAUACAGGUUAUUAGAAUAGAAAUGUGUUAAUAAAAUCUAUAAAAUGACAAGAUUAGUAGACACAUGCAACUGUGUUGUCUUUGUAAUUUGCUGCAAUAAACAAAUAUAUGAAUGUC